AUGAUGCUUUGUGGUUGUUUGCGAGAUCGAAUACAGCCUUGGCUUCGCGACUAUGUUAGGCUCCAAUCUCUCGCCGUCUUCCUUAUUUACACUCAGAUUGGGUGCGCGCUGAUUGGAUCAUUAGGAGCACUGUACAAUGGAGUUUUGCUGAUAAACUUGGCGAUUGCGUUGUUCGCUCUUGUGGCAAUCGAGAGCAAUAGCCAAAGUCUCGGCCGGACCUACGCCGUUCUUCUCUUCUGUGCUAUUCUUCUCGACGUCUCCUGGUUCAUACUCUUCACCCAUGAGAUAUGGAGCAUUUCAGCUGAGACGUAUGGAACCUUGUUCAUAUUCUCAGUGAAACUGACAAUGGCGAUGGAAAUGAUUGGCUUCUUUGUGAGGCUCUCCUCCUCUCUCCUAUGGUUUCAGAUGUACAGACUGGGGGCUUCUAUUGUGGACACUUCACUUCCUCGUGAGACAGAUCCAGAUUUACGAAACAGCUUCUUGAAUCCACCGACUCCUGCUAUCGUUAGGCAAUGCUCAGGUGCUGAAGAAAUCUUGGGAGGUUCUAUCUACGACCCAGCCUACUACACCUCUCUGUUUGAAGAGGGUCAAACCAAUAUGGGUUCACCUAAGGCCACACAGGUGAAUCAUUAUUCAGCUGGGAACAAGGGAUCACCAUCUGCUGCCGAAGCCUCCCAGUUUAAGUCUCCCGUAUCCAGAUCGUUGCAUUCAAUUGAUGAAGAGAAGGGUUUGAAACGACCGGGGAUGUCUUCAAUAUGA